CACAACAUAAUGCUCUUUGUGCUGUCUUUUACUGUAGUCUUUGUUCACAGAAUAGCUGACAAGCUCAGAUCUGGAGUACUAUUUUUUUCAGUUUUCUUGAAUUUGGUUUAAUGUCCCCUUUUCUUCUUAAUUUUUUUCCUAAUUAUUAUAAUUUUAAUUGUGAUUUACACCGAUUUUCGAUAUUAAAGUGUCCAUCUUAAACCUGGAUUAUAAAUCAUCUCAUUUUAUUGACAUCACCCCAUCAACGGAUUCAAACUGCAUCAAUCAUGAGAGAGGAGAUACAAGCUGCUGUGAUUUUUCUUGUGCGUCUAAUUGGUAAAAGUAAUACCCUGGUUGAAGAGAAUUUAAACAAAUUCAAAGAUAAUCUUAUUGAACUGUUGGCUAAAAAAUAUGAGAACCAUUGGUUCCCAGAGAAACCUAACCGUGGCCAAGCUUAUAGGUGUAUAAGAGUUAAUGAAAGUGACCGAAGAGAUACUAUUCUAGAAAUUGCCAGCAAAAUGUCUGGUAUCAACUAUGAUGAUCUCAGUUUACCAGUUGAGUUAACUCUUUGGGUUGACCCUAAAGAGGUUACGUGCAGGUUUGGAGAACAUGAAGGAUCUUAUUGUGUUAUUGCUAACUUCAAAGAUGGUAAAAAUGAGAACAAUAGUGAUAAAAUAACCAUUGAUGCCAUUGAAAAGGAAUACCUCAAGAAGUCAAAGCAAAAUUCCUAUGAAUUAACACCUCCAAUGAAGAAACUAGUGACCAUGAGCCGCCAUGAUAAAAAUUUUGGAAAAAAUCUCACCAAUUCACCUGGAGUACCUGUAACCAAUUCAGGAUAUUCAAGUAGAUUGAUGCCAGCUUCAGUGAACAGUUAUAGUAACCAAGGGUUUCUCCCCUCGGUAAUCAAACAACCCGUUAUCCUGAAAAGUUUAUGUAUCGGGCCAAGCUCCGCUAGAUGGCCUUACUCCUAAUCGUAAUAAACACCAUGUGAUUACUAACCAAAAUCCAAUUAAUUUGUAAUCUUUUUUACGGACCGAUCAUCAUCAUCAACUGCAGAAUCUAUUGUGAAAGUAAAGUGUAAAAUUUUUAUAAAGAGUCUGUUGGUAAUACAUUGAACUGGAUAGAGAUGAAAAUAAGUGUGAUUAUUUUAACCCUGAUUCCCAUCAUUUGUAGAUUGAAAAGAAGAAAAAAAAAGUAAUCAAAAUAAUCGCUAAUAUAUGAUUCCCUGCUGAACACAUUAGACGAUUAUUAUCAUUUUUUUUGACACCAAGAUUGUAGUUUAUCGAUUGUAAGCAUUAUUAUUAUUAUUCCCAUCAUUAUAUAUACAUAUUAUUUCCAAAUCUGUAUUAAAUUGAUAAAAAUCAAUCAAAUUCAUCAUCAAUUAUUGAAUAGAUAAAAAAAAACAACUGUCCAUUUCUAGUGAAA